CUCAUUCAGAGCAGGGAUAAGAGGAAGAAGCAACCACAACUAAAGUGAAGUGACUGACACAGUAGCAGAGCAGGGAUAAGAGGAAGAAGCAACCACAACUAAAGUGAAGUGACAGACACAGUAGCAGAUGGCGGUGUCACAGAUCACGCCCUCUCUCUUCCUGGGGGGGGCGGAGGCGGCCCUGAACGCACCGCUGCUCUCUCUGAAAGGCGUCACGCUGGUGGUGAACGCCACGCUGAGCCACGCGGGCCCCGCCCUCCAGGGGGUGGAGUUUGUUCGCGUCCCUGUGCCCGACCUGCCCUGCGCGCGCCUCGGCGAUCACUUCGACCGCGUGGCCGACCGUAUCCACGGCAACCGCGCGGGCAGCACGCUCGUGCACUGUGUGGCGGGGAAGAGCCGCUCGCCCGCGCUGGUGAUGGCGUACCUGAUGCGUUACCGCGCGGUGACGCUGCGGCAGGCGCACCGCUGGGUUCAGGAUCAGCGACCGUGCAUUCGGCUCAACGCCGGCUUCUGGGAGCAGCUGCUGCAGUACGAGCGCCGGCUGUACGGGAAAAACAGCGUCAGGGUGGCACCAGAAUCCCCUCCGCUCACCCCGAGGCCGCAGACGAACCGCCUGACAUCUCCGGUAACACCGAGUAACAGGAGGAGAAGAGGACCCAAACCCAGAGUCUGAGAAUCUAAACUAACAGGAGGAGAAGAGGAACCAAACAGAGUCUGAGAGUCUAAACUAACAGGAGGAGAAGAGGAACCAAACCCAGAGUCUGAGAAUCUAAACCAGAGGCCGUGGACGGGAAGAUAAUCUACAACUGUUUUAUAAUAAUGCAUGUCCUGCAGGUCUGCUGCUUCUCUGUGUUUUAUACUAAAGGGAUUAUCUGUGGACAUUAAACUACCUGACUCGUGCUUUUUUUUAAAGUCUGAAUUACAAUAUUUUCUGAAAAAAAUCAGGGGGAGUGUGUGGGAGAGAAACUCCCUCUGGAGGAACAUUUGUUGGCCUUAGCAGACCAUUAACAUCAGCGACGUGCAGUCAGUGGAGGCAGGGGAGGCAGAGCCUCAC